GGGUCGCUCCUCACGUGCACCCUGCAGACUUCAUCACACGAGUUGAGAGACACGUCACGUGUUUGCUUUGAGAAAACUCACACACCCACCACACGGUGAGUCGUCACGAACACGAACCCAAGGAAUUGCAAUCGGAUCGUUUCGUAGUCACAGCACCUCAGUCUCGUAACUGGUGCCUCCUUUCACUGUUCGCUUCUCUCGUCUUCUACCAAGCCAUGGACCUCGAUCCUCGUCAAUACGAAAACGCUAUAAAUGAUAAUGACAUCCACAGUGUUGUUCUGUCAUAUCUCAUACACAAUUGCUACAAAGAAUCAGUAGAAUCAUUCAUUACUAGCACUGGGACAAAGCAGCCUGCAGAUUAUUUGGAGGACAUGGACAAAAGGAAAAGAAUCUUUCACUUUGCACUAGAGGGAAAUGCACUCAAGGCCAUUGAGCUUACUGAGCAGCUAGCACAGGAUAUUUUAGAGAAGAAUAAGGAUUUGCAGUUUGAUCUACUAAGCCUUCAUUUUGUUGAGCUUGUGUGCUCCAGGAAAUGCACAGAAGCUUUGGAGUUUGCUCAGACCAAGCUGGGCCCUUUUGGAAAGGAGCCCAAAUAUAUGGAAAAACUUGAAGUAUGUCUGGAUUUCACAUAGCUUUUUUGUGAUGUAUGUGUGUGAC